AUGCGUAGCAAAGCCAUAAACGUCAACCAGAUGGCACACCGCUGUAAUAUUGCGCCCCUCCUCGCAGCUGCAAGAGGUGGGUGCCUGCAGCAGAAGCUGGAGCCAGACCGAGGAAGUCUGGUAGAGAUCUGCCUGAUGCAUCCCCUUGAUGUAGUAAAGACGAGGUUCCAGAUCCAAAGAGGGGCUUCUGACCCAACUAGCUACAAAGGCUUGGGAGAUUGCUUCCGGACCAUUUUCCGCAAUGAAGGAAUCUUUGGCUUUUACAAAGGAAUCCUCCCUCCAAUUUUAGCAGAGACACCAAAGCGAGCAGUCAAGUUUUUUACCUUUGAGCAGUACAAGAAGUUAUUGAAUUUGACCUCUUUGUCUCCUGGGCUGCCGUUGAAGGAGAACUGUUUACUCUUCCCAUCCAUCAUGCUCUCUUCACCGUCCUCCUACACUAUCUUCUUCCUGCCCUACCUCUUCCUCAAGUGCUUCCAACCUUAUAUCCCCAGAGGCCUGCACGCUCUGUCUGUAGCAGGGCUUGGCUCAGGCUUGACCGAAGCUGUUGUCGUCAACCCAUUUGAAGUGGUUAAAGUCAGUCUCCAGGCCAACAGAAACACCUUCAAAGAGCAACCCUCUGCUUUUGCCCAAGCACGACGCAUAAUCAAGUCAGACGGCUUUGGACUGAGGGGUCUGAAUAAAGGCUUAACAUCAACACUGGGGCGCCAUGGAGUUUUCAACAUGAUCUACUUUGGCUUCUAUUUCAAUGUCAAGGAAGCUGUUCCGACCAGCCAGGACCCUGCUUUAGAGUUCCUGAGGAAGUUUACUAUUGGCCUACUGUCUGGGACUAUCUCCUCCUGUGUGAAUAUUCCCUUCGACGUAGCCAAGAGCCGCAUCCAAGGCCCCCAGCCAGUGCCAGGAGAGAUCAAGUAUCGCACCUGCUUCCAGACCAUGGCACUGGUGUACCGCGAAGAAGGGUACGAACGGAGGGGGGGAUAA